GAUGGGGUUGUUGUGAGGGCUGAGUGACGUGGUGAACUUACAGAGGGGACACUCCAGGAUUUCACAGUCACAGACCCGCAAUGCCAUCUCCGUGUGACCAUUUACAAGUGAUUGUGCCUCUCCGACUAUGUCUCCUCAUCUGUCAGAUGGUACUCGCGACAGCCUCUGCUCCACGGCAUCUCUGAGGCUCCGACGGGGCUGGCUCUGUUCUAGGUCCUCAUCCUGAAGCCAGGAGGCAAAAGGCUAGCACGGCAAGGAACAGGAGUCCCUGCCCCCUUAAAGCACUCCAGGCCCAUGGGUCACAAGCUUCGCACGACCCUCGGAUUGGGGUCAAGCACGUCUGGUGCUUGCCAAGCCUCUGACUUCUCCCAGCCCUCGCCUGGACGCUUCUCAAGCCAAGCCAGGCUCCGGACCACUGGUUGGGCAACCCAUGACCUCAGACUGGGUCAGACCCAUCAGGGAUCCUGGUAGCUCAUGUCAAAAGAAGGUGAUUCUCUGAGAACCAGCCCUUCUGUGGCCUCACUCUCCGAAAAUGAGCUGUCGCCACCACCUGAGCCUCCUGGCUACGUGUGCUCGCUGACGGAAGAACUGGUCACCAAAGCCCGGGAGGAGCUGCAGGAGAAGCCAGAAUGGAGACUUCGGGAUGUGCAGGCCCUUCGUGACAUGGUGCGGAAGGAGUACCCGAACCUCAGCACGUCCCUCGACGACGCCUUCCUGCUGCGCUUCCUCCGAGCCCGCAAGUUUGAUUACGACCGGGCGUUGCAGCUCCUGGUCAACUACCACAGCUGCAGGAGGAGCUGGCCCGAAGUCUUCAAUAACCUGAAGCCGUCAGCCUUAAAAGAUGUCCUCGCUUCCGGGUUUCUCACCGUGCUGCCUCACACCGACCCGAGGGGCUGCCAUGUCCUCUGCCUCCGCCCAGACAGAUGGAUACCGAGCAACUACCCAAUUACCGAAAACAUCCGAGCCAUAUACUUGACCUUAGAAAAACUCAUUCAGUCUGAAGAAACCCAGGUGAAUGGAAUUGUAAUUCUUGCAGACUACAAAGGAGUGAGCUUAUCAAAAGCAUCUCAUUUUGGCCCAUUUAUAGCCAAAAAGGUGAUUGGCAUUCUCCAGGAUGGUUUCCCCAUUCGGAUAAAAGCAGUCCAUGUAGUGAAUGAACCUCGAAUAUUUAAAGGCAUUUUUGCCAUCAUAAAACCAUUUCUGAAGGAGAAAAUAGCAAACAGAUUCUUCCUCCACGGGUCUGACUUGAACUCUCUCCACGCAAACCUUCCAAGAAGCAUUCUUCCCAAGGAGUAUGGGGGCAUGGCGGGAGAGCUGGACACUGCCACCUGGAACGCAGUGCUGCUGGCCUCGGAGGAUGACUUUGUCAAAGAGUUCUGCCAAGCUGCCCCUGCCUGUGACAGCACCCUGGGCCAGGCGCUGCUGCCUGAGGGACUGACCUCAGACGUGCAGUGUGAUGACUCCAUGCGAGGUGUGAAAUCACAGCUGUACUCCUGUUACUAGGCAGUCCCCCGUGUCACCAUUUAUAAAUCCCUUUUUUCUUUGGAGAGGCACAAGGAGAACUUAAGGUGCCAAGGAUUUGGUCUUGUGCCUUGUAAUUAAACUGCAGCAUGGAGGAACAGCCCUAGAGAUCUGAGGGUUAGUCCAUCUGGGUUACUUGAAUUACUCCAUGGAAGACACGGAAAAUGUCCCCAGUGAUUCCCAAACAUUUGGAAUCCCAGUUUGCAACUAUUGAUCUGGAAGCU